AGUUGCCCUGACGACUAACUUUCAUUCAGUGCAUUUAUGUCACCUGUAGAGAUUGUUUUAUGAAGAGGAAAUCGUGGGAGACACCUGUCAUUUGUGCCACACCGACCUGCUCUACCCCAGCGAGGAUCCCUGUCCUCUCCCACUGCAUCAGGGGAUACUCUUGGGCUACUGAAUCUGAGUUGUGUCGGUGCAAAGUGUGCCGUGUCGGGCGUGAAAGCGGAGCAUCUGUGCCCUUAUCCCAUUGGGAAGAACCAUGCGGUGUGCGGGUAAUGAGCAUUCUGGUUUCAUAGAUGGAACUAAGAACUAGCAGCUAUUCUACGGGUCAUAGUGAUUCUACUUACCCUGAUCACCACAUGGUAUUUUGCAGAAAAAAUGUAUUCUAAUCGGGACAAUAUGAAGAGCCUGAGGAGUAUAUUUGAUAAUAAAGCUGACGAGGCGCCAAAAAAGAAGAAAGCCCAGUUCAGCUGCGGGAAUGAGAAACCCUGCCCGGACGAUUACUUUGCCUUUAAAAUUAUUAGCGGAGCAGCCAAUGUCGUUGGACCAUCUAUGUGCUUUGAGAACUCUAUCAUAAUGAGCAGUAUAAAAAAUAACAUUGGCCGAGGACUGAACAUCGCGCUAAUAAACGCUUCCACUGGGGUUGUGAUCAAAACGAGUUCAUUUGAUAUGUAUUCUGGAGAUGUGAAACCGCUGCUGGAGUUUAUAAAACCUGUGGCGGAAGGAACGCUGGUGUUUGUCGCAUCUUAUGACGAUCCGGGUACAAAGCUGAAUGAUGAAGCCAGGGCUGUAUUCGCAAGCUUUGGGAGCAGUUAUUCAAAGAAAAUAGGUUUCCGAGACAGCUGGCUCUUCGUGGGAGGAAAAGGGAUAAGUACCAAAAGCCCAUUUGAACAGCACAUCAAGAACAACAAAGAAACAAACAAAUACGACGGGUGGCCGGAGGUGCUGGAAAUGGAAGGCUGUAUCCCCAAGAAAACCAACUAAAGCCACAGGAUAGUCUGUUCCACCCCACGGGUUUCCAGCCUGCCCCGCUUGCUCCCGUCGCAGAUCCAAUCGCUGGAAUAUCCAAGGCCACCGAGCAAACACUGGGACUUAGCAUGUAACAACGAAACAGGCCCAAUGCACAAACUAAACCUUUCCCUUCUCCAAACCCGUCUCUUAUAAAACGGGGCUGCAUAGACAUCACUGAGUGUUGCCUUUAGCAUGUAGUGACCCCCCCCGGAGUGGGAAUUUUAUUAGGAAUGAAUGAAGUCAAAAGAUGAGAGAGAUGAAAUAUAACAGUCCGACUAAAGAGGAUAUAUUCCUGCCUUUAUCAUGAACUCUGCGGUGUGGCACAGGAGCUGACAAUCUAAAGCGGCACAGGGACUCUAGGGUUCCUGCACCAGGGAAUAUGGUUUAUGAACUGGGAAUUGGACUUGUAAAUGUUCUGCUGCUUAUUUCAUUUCCCUGCAGUUCAGAGGUGUCGCCAAUGGCCCAGUGUAAAUGUCUAAGUGUAAAUAUAAAUUGUAUUUAAUAUACGGGGAAAGGGGGAGGUGGAGAUUUAUGGGAGAUAGCGGAGAAUGACUAUGUCAAAGUAAUAAACACACGGGAGAAUGUAUCUUCUGUGCACUCUAUUGGGUGGGGUAUACAUUGUGCCCAGAGCAUUCCGCAUCUGUAUUUUUAUAUUUAUAUAUAUAUAUGGGAGGGAGUUGCCAUAUUGUUUCCCUAGUACGGUAUGAGAGUAUAUGUUACUGAACAGACCUGCUCUAAUCAGAUUGGGUGUCAGAUCACAGAGGGACAGUUAAUAAAGCCAAUCAUGUGUUGCAAUGGGCAUUUUAUAAUUAUCAGAAGUAAUGUUGCCCUCUCCAGCUGGGUACGAUAUUAAACUGAUACAUUUCCACA